ACGAAGCAAAAUACAAUCAAAGAGACGAUAAUGGCGGAUCAACAAGGAGGAACAGUCUUGGGAGGAGUUCGCGAUGUUGACGCAAACGCCAACGAUCUCCAAAUCGAGAGUCUCGCUCGUUUCGCUGUCGAUGAGCACAACAAAAAUGAGAACGUGACUCUGGAGUACAGGAGGCUCAUUGGUGCGAAGACGCAGGUUGUGGCGGGAACGAUGCAUCAUCUCACUGUGGAGGUUGCUGAUGGUGAGACCAAGAAGGUUUACGAGGCUAAGGUUUUGGAGAAGGCUUGGGAGAAUCUUAAGAAGUUGGAGUCCUUUAACCAUCUUCACGAUGUUUAAGUGAGACUUGUCUAUGCAUUGCAUUCUACAGUGAUAAGAGUCUUGGUUUAACCAAUGGGUAACUCGUUGAAAAAAAAUAAGUGAAUGUGUAAUGGAACUGGUGUUGUGUUUUAUCUAUUGCAAGUUGCAGACUUUUACUUUUAUAUCUUUAUCUGCUAUGAUUCUACAAGACCUGAUAGUAGUCUCAUGAUUAAUGAGUAUCUCCAUGACAUUACAAAAUCUACAUUUUGAACAUCAGAUGUUGCUGAUAUCUCUAAUGGUAUCAGAAAUUUGAUUCAAGAUGUAGAUUCAGAUAUCAUUAAACAAGGAUCAUGAUCAAGCUGAGACACCAUUGAUUACAUAACUAUCUUACAUACAUUUAAAUGUAAUCCAUUGUCUUCACUGCUUCCUCUGUUUACAUUCUGAAACAAAAC